AAAUUUAGUUCUCUAACGGCUGCGAUAAAACGGACGUUAACGAGACUAGGAACUACAAACCACUUGUGCUGGUUUCGGGCAGCAUUUAGCAUCUUUUUAGUUUGACAGCAAGACACAGAAACACCACAGGAGUGAUUCCUCUGUUUUCUUCACCAGACCUGACUCAAAACACGGGACUAUCAUGGGAGACACUGCUUGCAAUGGGUCGCACAGUAAAAAGGCGUUGCUGUCGGACCCCCAGCUGUUUGACGCCCAGUUUGAGGACCUGGUGACUGAGCUCACAGAGAGGGACCUCACUGAUCCUGUGCUUGUUGAUGCCCUGAAAAGGCUGAGAGAGGUGUUGGUGUACAAUGCACCUGGCGGCAAGAGGAACCGAGGCCUCUCUGUGAUUGGCUCAUUGCGGGAGCUUGUCCCACCCACUCAGCUCACCCAGGAUGUAGUGCAACAGGCUCUGCUGGUUGGCUGGUGCAUUGAACUGCUUCAGGCUUUUUUCCUAGUGGCUGAUGAUAUCAUGGAUGCAUCUGUUACUCGGAGAGGACAACCCUGCUGGUACAAGAAGGAUGGAGUAGGUCUGGAUGCCAUCAAUGAUUCCUUUCUCUUGGAGGCAACCAUCUACAGACUACUGCGCAGUCACUGCAGGGACCAGCCCUUCUACAUCCAUCUGCUGGAGCUCUUCACAGAAACAACUUUCCAGACAGAGCUCGGCCAGGCUCUGGACCUUAUGACUGCUCCCCCUAACCAGAUCGACCUCAACAGAUUCACCUUGGAGAGGUAUAAAGCUAUUGUAAAAUAUAAGACUGCCUUCUACUCUUUCUACCUCCCAGUGGCAGCAGCAAUGUACAUGGCAGGGAUCGAGAGUGAAGAGGAACACAACAAUGCAAAGCACAUCUUACUAGAGAUGGGAGAGUUCUUCCAAAUACAGGAUGACUACUUGGACUGUUACGGUGACCCUGCUGUGACGGGAAAGAUUGGCACAGACAUCCAGGAUAAUAAAUGCAGCUGGCUGGUAGUGACAGCCCUGGGAAUCAUGAGCCCUGAGCAAAGAGCAGUGCUGGAGGCAUGUUAUGGGCGCCAUGAUGAUGCCAGUGUGGAGAAGGUCAAAGCGCUGUACAACACCCUGCAAAUGCCAGCACUGUACCACAAACACGAGGACGAGAGUUAUGAACGCUUACAGAAACUCAUUGCUUGUCAUGCCCAAAACCUUCCCCACUCAGUCUUCCUAAACUUUGCCAAGAAAAUCUACAAAAGGAACAAGUGAGAAAGAGCUGCGGUCUUUUGAGGGGAUAUUUUAUAUAAUAGGAUUUAAAAAGGGUCAGUUAAAGUAGCCCAGUUCCAUUUGGACUCUUAUCUUAUUGACACAUUGCUCAGCACCUCUUACACUACCUUUUUAAUGCUAGAGGUGUUGGGAGAGGGAUAUGGCAGGGACCAGCACAGAACCAGGCUCUGACUCUGCAAAAAUGAACCCAGACAGAAUUGUGAUUCAUAGCAGCUCUUGAGGUAGUAUUUUUUACUUUAUACUUCUCAGUAAUUUGUAUAUUUGCUUGUGAAUGUUGUCAAAAAAAGCCUGUCUCUUUUUCUGUGUCAGCUAUUUAUUUAACCCAAUGCACAAUAUGCACUGUCAUCUGACAUUUCUUCACUCUAAAAUCCCAUGGAUUUGAUAAGGGUGACAGCAGCAUGAAUUUUACAUUGAUUGAUUUGGCUUUCAUCCCGCCCAGCAGAAUGUAUAGUACCACCUCUGUUGAAAAUACUAAUACCAGUAAGAGAAAGAAAACACAUCACUUCAAAGUCAUUUUGAUUAAGCAGGGGUACAUAUUCUUUAUUAAAUGAGGACCACUGGGGAAAAAAACAGUUGAUAUACAUCUCAUAUUUGGACAGAAUCAAAACUGAUAACCUUUCAUAUUUCCUUUAUUUUCUUAAAGCUGCUGCAAAGUCUGUCUACUGCUCUGAAUAAUAUAUUACUGCUUUUAAUAAAGACAUCUGACCAAGAUUA